GUCCAUAGUGAGUGGCCGUGAUAGAUGGAACCUCCACAGGUGCCAAUCGCCGGCCGUGGAACAUCGAACAUCAGCGGCGGUUUCGGCCGCGGCGGAUGGCAUGAUGCUGUUGUUCUUCUUCCUCUCACUCUUCGAUUCGUCGUCCUUCGUGUAGAUACGCUACAUACAUCGCGAUGGUGUUUGCGGAACAAGCUCAACAACGUGCCAAGGCCUGCUGCGCCAACCCGAAGCUCGUGAUCACGUACCUGUGGUUCAUCAUUCUGUUCUUUGCCGUGAUGUUCUCCCUUGGCGCGAUGGUGUUUGCCGCCAACAACAAUGGCGACGGGCCGCAGUACAGCAAGUCCCUUGGAUUUGCAGGCAUUUGGAUGAUGUUCCUCGUGAUUGCGCUCUCUAUCGGCGGCACCAUGGUCAUGCGCAAGUACCAAACUCCGAUUGCGGUCGGGUUUUUCAUCGGAGUCGUGAUCAUGAUGUCGUUCAACAUGUUCUCGCUCAGCGUGCUCUGCGCCGGCGCCGCGUACCUUGCCAAGCGCUCCAACAACGGCACGCUCAACGACGGCAACUGGAAGGGACCUGUCCACUCCGACGAAGCGUCAGCCGUGUUCUCCUUCUUCAUGUUUGUGCUCUACUUUGCAUUUGCCGUGGUGUUGGUCAAGCACCGUGCGGUGAUCAUCAAGGACGGCAUUUCGAACGAAUUGCCCGAAAAGCUGCCGACGGUGGCACCCCAAAGCUCCAUCUCGCCCAAGGGAGCCAAGCUCGAAGAGAUCAAGACCACGUCGUCGGCGCCGCCCCCCGUCAGUGUCUAGAAUCGCUUUUUUACAAUAACGCGGCGUCGCAAUAAUAUAGCACUCGCUUUCGCAUAUUAAUAAUAUAA